GCACAGAUCAGAUUCACUCUACACAGAGACCUCUACAGCACAGACACACAGCCAUGGCACCUACAGUACCUGCAGCACUGACCUACUCUAAGGAGCACCUGAUUCUGACCAACAAGCUGAGAAAGCCGAUGGUGGAGAAGAUGCGCAGAGAUCGUAUCAACAGCAGCAUUGAGCAGCUCAAGUCUCUCCUUGAACCAGCAUUUCUACAGCAGCAGCCAGACUCCAAGCUGGAGAAAGCAGACAUCCUGGAGAUGGCAGUUUUCUUCCUCAAACGACAGCAGCAGCCAGUGAGCAGCUCCUCCUCACCUGUCAGUCAGGGUUAUUCCAGGUGUGUCCAAGAGAUCAAGCAUUUCCUGUCCAGGGAGGAAGUGAUGUCACAAUCCCAGAGAAGACUCCUGAACCAUUUCCAGAACCUGCCAUCUUCCUCUGAUAUAACCAAGAGUCAGAGUUUGUUGCCUCAGCUGAACUCUCCAGCCAGACAGACCACCAGCAAAGAGGAGACUCCAGUCAAAGGCGCCCUCUGGAGGCCCUGGUAGAGUCCUGCAGAUGCUCACUGGACACUCAGACUAACAGAAUUGAAGAGGCCUGUCUAAUAUGGGCCUGGACAGUAAUUCUCAGUGUGUAGGAAGUGUUUAUCUUCCUCUCCUGCCUGUGCAGGAGGUUAAAAACAUACUCUCAAUGAGAAAGUGUAAGAUUUACUUGUAAUGUUUGUAACUGAUACAAAAGUAUGAAUGUUUUCUUCUCUCCUAAGAAGGCUGAAGAGAUUUAUUUUCUGUGAAGUGUAUUAUAUUUUGCAAAAUAAGGAGUUUUGCUGUGACGAUAUCAGAAAUUUUAAGUUCAACAUCAUGUGUUUAAAUAUAAUGUGCUUUUCUAUUUAAGAAAUCCUUCAGUGAAGUACGAAUUAAUGUUUCAUGAUAUACUGCCAUUCUUGGGAAUGUUACAUCCAUUUAUUAAGAGGAAACGGAUAUUAUGUGAGUUUUUUGCUAUUGUGACGUGAAUUAUAAUAUAAUGUCACAGUUUAGUGUAUGUUACACUGAAGUAUAACUAUUCUCCCUAUUGGUUGAUAAAUGACAGACUUUAAUCUGCCUUAUUGCACAGGUUGUUUAUAAAGACCUUUAAU